CACCUUCGUUUCAAUGCAAACGGGAAACACCAUUUUCGUCGGCCUGGGCGCAUCAAAUCAGAAUCUUAAACCGUACGGCUGGGCGCGCUCUCUCACCUCAAUCGGAUGCUUCGUCAUCGGCUGCUUUCUCUUCGCCCGGCUGAGCCGUCUCCUCGGACCGAAACGCAGAGGGACAUUAGUUCUCUCUUUCUUUCUACAAGUCGCCAUGCUGGUAAUCACUGCUUCGUUGGUACAGAGCGGCGUGAUAGCUGGCAUCCCCUCGGGCCCUGCUUCGAGCGAGACGCAUUGGAAUCAGGAAGCGCCUAUUGUGCUCUUGAGUAUCCAGUCUGCAGGUCAGAUCGUCGCUAGUCGGGCGCUGGGGUUCAACGAGAUCCCUACUGUGGUCAUUACCAGUCUUCUCUGUGAUCUGGUCUCCGAUCCGAAGUUGUUUCUCCUCCGCAAUGAGAAGCGGGAUCGUCGAGUGGUGGCGUUUGUUCUGACGCUGAUCGGUGCAAUCGCUGGAGGAUGGAUCACCAAGGCGACACACGAUAUCUCGCCUGUGCUGUGGAUGGCUGCUGGAUUGAAGCUGAUUAUUUCUGUCUCAUGGAUAUUCUGGAGAGAGAAUGAGGGGGAAGUGCAGUAUAACUCAUAUUGGCUAAGGACAACGGCAAUCUGAAUGAACUGAUAGAUCAUAGAAUUACGCAACCCAGAUAUUCUGCUCCUGCCCAUACCCAUACGCAAUAAACGAGUCCCGGAAAUACUUCUCCAGCACCACCUGCUCAUACGAUAGAUCGUCCACGCAGUAGUCACCCCCCGUAGGUCCGAUAUGCGGACAGUGUAUAUCCGGCCGGUACUUGACC